UCACUCGAAGAAAAGAAAAACUUCCUCUCACGUUCCUCAUUCACCAUUUAAUAUAAAACAAGAUCAUGCCUUGGUCACUACCAUAGACAGUUAUGUAGAACCUCAUUUUUACCGCACAAAGGACCCACUGAAAAGCUCCAAAAGCCAGCUGAAAACAGCUCGAUAAACUCAUUGAAAAAUAGCCCUUAAAACAUCAUUGAUACCCAGCCAAAACAGUCCGACAAACCACCAGUUUCGGGUUCAGUGAGGUUCGUCAAACUCGGGUGAACAGCCCAAUUUUCAAGUAGGGUCAGCGUGCUUUUGUUUUUCUCUGUAAACCGACGCUCGGGUCCGUUAUUAAUAUAACGAAGAAGGUUUUACUCCAUUAAAGAUUAUUGUUGGCAAUCAUUUAAUAUUAUGCCUUCAAAUGGCAAAAGGCAACAGUUAUCUCCCCCCGAUAUACUUAGCAACAUUCCCGAGAGUGUAAUUGAUGACAUUCUAAUGAGGUUGCCUUUACAAGAAGCUGUGAGGACAAACAUCUUAUCAAAGAAAUGGAGACACAGCUGGUGCAGACUUCCAUGACUGAGGCUUGAUGAAACACUUAAUUUGGAAAAUUAAAAAGUCUAACAUACCCUACAAGUAACUUUACAAAGAUUAUCUACCACAUUUUGACCCUUCAUGCAGAACCAAUUACAAAGUUUACCCUCUCCAUUACUUAUUUGCAUGGUUGUCCUAAUAUUGACAACUUGUUUUAUUUCCUCUCUAGGAAUGGCAUUCAACAUCUUGUGAUUGAACUUCCAUACCGGGGUAGAUACAAAUUGCCACCUUCACUUUUCGCAUGUUCGCAAUUGAGGCAUCUGUGUCUCAAGCAUUAUCUAAUACGCCGUCCACCAGUCUUUAAGGGAUUUGAUAGGUUAAUUACCCUAGAACUAAGUGAAGUCGCAAUUUCUUCUAAAUUGCUUGGGAGUUUAAUCUCCCAUUGCUUGAGAUUUUGGUGCUGAAAGAUUUACGUAAUUCAAACCACAUUGAAAUUAAUGCUCCCAAUCUGAGGUCAUUUUUUUUCGAAGGCAACAUAAACAUUUUACAUCUAAAAAUGUUCCCCUUCUUUCAAAAGUUACAUAUGAGCCUACAACAUUUUCGGUAGAGGCAGAACAUGAUCUUACCAAGAUUUUGGCCUCUAUUCCUGCUCUCGAGAAUCUCUGCUGGAAUCAGUUAUGGGUAAUGUUGCUUCAUGACUUAAUUGUAAUGCAUUUUCGUAGAUGUACCAUCUUGGGGUUUGAGUGAUCCUGAUUUUUGACAUUUUCUUCCUAGGACGUGGAUAAUGUACUAGCUGAAGCUAUACCAACAAGGCUUCCCUAUGCUCCUAACUGUCUUAAAUGCCUUUGCAUGGCUUGGGUACUCUGGGAGAUUUCUUUGAUCUUUCGUUUGCUCUUUGCUUAAUAAGAAGCUCUCCAAAUUUAGAAGAAAUUGAAAUUGAGGAUGUUGUUGAUGAGAUUCGUGCAAGCUUCUCAGAUAUAACAUUUAAUCAGCUGAGGAAAGUUGAGUUUUACGAUGUACUAGGAGCAGAGGCUGAAAUGCAGCUUAUCAAGGUUUUAUUGGCCAAGUCUCCAGCACUGGUCAGAAUGGUAAUCAGGCCAUGUGAAAUGGAAAAUAAAAAAUCUCUCAAAGUACUCGCAGAGAUAACAAAAUUUCAGCGGGCGUCAUCUAAAGCUCAAGUUGUGUAUAAUAUCGAUUAGUAUCCAUAUCACAAUCCUGCUGGAUCUUCACGAGUCUUCAAU